UGGACAGCUGAGAAGAUCUUGCCAUUGAGCUUUCCUGCUACCUGUCAAGCUGAAGAUGUGCUGAAGCCCAAAAGGGGGCAGGGACCUCUUCAUUCUGCAGCGAUGGAUGAAGAGAGUUUGGAAGCAGCAAUCCAGACCUAUAAUGCCCAGCUGCAGCAAGUGGAGCUGGCUUUGGGAGCUGUGCCGGACCCAACACAGGAACCUGACCUGAUCCAGCUGCAGGCGGAUUUAAAGCAGCUGAUAGAGCUGACAGAAUCCAGCCUGGUUUCUGUGAAAAAGAGCAAGCUCUGUGCAUCUUUGGACCCAGGGACACUCUCCAUAUCUUCAUCCAAUCCUCUCCAGCCAGACACUCCGCUGAGCACAGAUGAUGAAUAUGCCGCUUUUAAGGAAGCCAUUGCUGAAAUGGGUGGAGAGGAUGAGUCCCCAGACGCUCAAGAUGUGGAGCAAGAAGGAGAGGAGGAGGAGGAGGAGGAGGAGGAAGCCAGUGGGAUGAAAGUGAAAGCCCCAUACUACAGUUCUUGGGGCACCCUUGAGUACCAUAAUGCCAUGAUUGUGGGGAGUGAAUCUUUGGAAGAUGGAAGCCGUGGGGUCAGAGUGCUCUAUCUCUACCCCACCCACAAAUCCUUGAAGCCAUGCCCCUUCUUCCUGGAUGACAAGUGUCGGUUUAAAGAGAAUUGCAGAUUCUCCCAUGGGCAAGUUGUAUCUGUGGAGGAGCUGCGUCCCUUUGAGGAGCCCGACCUCGGCUGCCUUGCUGUGGGCUCAGCUUGCUUGGCAAGGCAUCAGGAUGGGAUCUGGUAUGCUGCUAAAAUCACAGACAUUGACAGCGGUUACUACACGGUGAAAUUUGAUUCGCUGCUCCUGAAAGAAGCGGUUGUGGAGGGAGACGGCAUUAUGCCUCCCCUCCGUGGCGAGGAGAGCUCAUCCUCAUCGGAGUCGGAAGGGGGUGAACUGGAUGAUGCCGGAUAUGCCAAAGUUAUUGACUCCAGCACCCCUGAGAACGGGGAAGGACCCUCCUCUUGCAGUUCCUCCUUCGGCAGCUGGGAGGCGCAUACUCGUGGCAUUGGCUCCAAACUCCUUGCUCAGAUGGGGUAUGAGUUUGGCAAAGGUUUGGGGAAGAAUUCGGAGGGCAGAGUGGAGCCGGUCUUAGCAGUCGUGCUGCCCAAAGGCAAGUCCUUGGACGAGUGUGCCGAGAUCCUCCAGAAGAAGAGGGAGGGGAAGGCUGAUCCAGCCAAGCCCAGAAAACGGCGGACGAAAGGCAACCGAGCUUCCCGGGCUACUCGGCAGGGCCCAAAGCCCUCCCGAAAUGUCUUUGACUUCCUGAAUGAGAAGCUUCAGGGCCAGGACCUCGGUGAGCAGGAGGCAGGUCUGGCGCCCCUAGAGAGGAGCAGCAAGGAGAUCUACCACGCCAGCAAGAGCACGAAGAAGGCUCUGAGCGUCCGCCUCUUCCAGACGGUGGAGAAAAUUGACCAAACCCAGAAGGACAUCCGAGGGAUCCAGGAAGCCUUGGCACGCAACAUUGGGAGGCACACGGUUGCCGCAGCUCAGCUGGAGGAGAAGCUUGCCGGAGCCCACAAGAGACUGAGCGAGCUGCGGGCUCAGGAGGCCAGUCUCCAGCGAGAGCAGAAGAAAGCCAACACGCACAAGAAAAUGACCGAGUUCUAGCCUCUCUUCUUCUCUCCUGCCCUUCGUCAGGCCGGGCCAUUUUCGCUGGUCUGGAAGCAGCCAUGCUAUUCUACAGGUGUGGAGGGAGGGAGACCUUGCUGUCU